ACAGCCUGCUUGUCAGUAAUAGUAAUGCACUUCCUUCCCUGGGGAAUACUAUUUCCCUUGCUUUCAUAUCCAGGGAUAGUGUCAGAGGAGACAGCAGCAUCUUAAUCCAGAGAAAGAGGCAGAGACUACCAUGGAGCAGAAAGUCCCAAAUGCUAGGCUCACCACCUUGUUCCCUCUGCUGGCGGCCUGCUUAGCUGUGGCCAGCGCUGCAAGUUACCAGAAUUUCCAGAGGGAACACAUCGACUACCCAACGACGCAAGUGCCUGAUCCUCAGCAGUACUGCAACCUCAUGAUGCAGCGCCGUGACAUGGCAACCCCCAAACACUGCAAACACCUCAACACUUUCAUCCACGCGGACCCCUCCCACAUCCAAGAUGUGUGUGGCCAGGGAGGACAACCCACCACGGGCGAUCUCCGGGAAAGCAAUGCCCCCUUCUCCCUCACUAUGUGUAAGCUUCGAAGAGGCUCUUGGGCAACCAGUUGCCAGUACGAGAGGACCAGCGGCAGUGAAAGAAUAAUUAUUGCCUGUGCCAACGGAUACCCUGUCCACUUGCAGACAGAAGUCCCAGAGUGAGGUGUGGGGCAAAGGAUACUUGUUAUUUAUUCAUUAUAUAUAUCCCCACCCACUCUUUCUCAUUUCCCCAUGAUUGCUUAUUUACUAAGAACGAAAAACUGCUUCACAUAUUUCACCUUUAUCUUGAAAAUAAACUAACCUGA